GCCCUUUCCCCAGCGAGGCUCAGCUCCUGCCGUCUCCAGGCCUUGCGCUGCGCCCGGCUGGAAAUGCCGUGUGGGGUUCAGCGCGUAUUCACCUAAUCUGCGCUCGGCCCCGCGUUUUGAGGGGGAAAGGGCAGGUGAUCCCGGCUGAGCCCGUCCCUGAGGGCGGCGGAGGAGCAGCUCGCCAUGCCCACGGUGGUGGUGAUGGACGUGUCGCUGUCCAUGACGCGGCCCGUGUCGGUGGAGGGCUCCGAGGAGUACCAGCGCAAGCACCUGGCUGCCCACGGGCUCACCAUGCUCUUCGAGCACAUGGCCACCAACUACAAGCUGGAGUUCACGGCCUUGGUGGUGUUUUCUUCCCUCUGGGAGCUCAUGGUGCCCUUCACAAGAGACUACAACACGCUCCAGGAAGCCCUGAGCAACAUGGAUGAUUAUGACAAAACCUGUUUGGAGUCGGCGCUGCUGGGGGUUUGCAAUAUUGUCCAGCAGGAAUGGGGGGCAGCAAUUCCUUGCCAGGUUGUUCUGGUCACCGACGGCUGCCUGGGCAUCGGCAGGGGCUCCCUGCGCCACUCCCUGGCCACCCACAGCCAGCGCAGCGACAGCAACAGGUUCCCACUGCCCUUCCCGUUCCCGUCCAAGCUCUAUGUCAUGUGCAUGGCCAACCUGGAAGAGCUUCAAAGCACAGAUUCCUUAGACUGCCUGGAACGACUCAUUGAUUUAAACAAUGGGGAAGGGCAGAUUUUCACCAUUGAUGGCCCCCUGUGCCUGAAGAAUGUGCAGUCCAUGUUUGGAAAGCUAAUAGACCUGGCCUAUACACCAUUCCACGCUGUCCUCAAGUGUGGCCACUUAACAUCUGACGUGCAAGUAUUUCCCAGACCAGAGCCUUUCAUUAUAGAUGAGGAAAUAGACCCCAUUCCUAAAGCAAUUAAUACAGAUCUAGAAAUUGUUGGGUUUGUAGAUAUUGCAGACAUUUCCAGCCCUCCUGUCUUGUCCAGACACUUGGUACUGCCCAUUGCACUUAACAGAGAGGGGGAUGAGGUGGGACCUGGGAUCACAGAUGACACUGAAGAUGAGAAUUCAGCUAAUCAGAUUGCUGGGAAAAUCCCCAACUUCUGUGUUUUAUUACAUGGCAGCCUGAAAGUGGAAGGCAUGGUGGCUCUCGUCCAGUUGGGGCCAGAGUGGUAUGGAAUGCUAUAUUCACAAGCUGAUAGCAAGAAGAAAUCAAACCUCAUGAUGUCACUCUUUGAACCUGGUCCUGAGCCCCUCCCAUGGCUGGGGAAGAUGGCACAGCUUGGCCCCAUUUCAGAUGCAAAAGAAAAUCCUUAUGGAGAAGAUGACAAUAAGAGCCCUUUCCCUUUGCAGCCCAAAAACAAGCGCAGCUACGCCCAGAAUGUCACUGUCUGGAUCAAACCCAGUGGCCUCCAGACAGAUGUACAGAAGAUCUUGAGAAAUGCAAGGAAACUCCCUGAAAAAACACAAACCUUCUAUAAAGAGCUGAACCGCUUGCGAAAGGCAGCUCUGGCCUUUGGCUUCCUGGAGCUGCUGAAGGGCGUGGCAGACAUGCUGGAGCGGGAGUGCACGCUGCUCCCCGACACCGCCCACCCCGACGCCGCCUUCCAGCUCACACACGCGGCCCAGCAGCUCAAAGUGGCAAGUACUGGAGCCUCGGAAUACGCUGCCUAUGAUCACAAUAUUGCUCCUCUGCAGACAGACUUUUCCAGUAGCAGCACUGAGAGAAUGUGAAGUCUCCAUUUUGGGAGCUUCUCCAGAUUAAGGCUCAAGCCUGUUCAGUCACUGUUUGAAGAACUUCCUAUCCAAACAGGGAAGUUUUGCAUCAGUGCUCUCUAAACAAACGUAGCUCGUUUGUGGUGGCUUUUAGUCAGACCUGGAAACUAUGGAAAGUGUCCCAAAGCCAGUGUUGGAUGAUGGGUGGAAGUUAUUUAGUACAUGUGAAGAGAGAAAAAAAAGCCAUUGGCAGCUGUUGGAUUUUGGCCUCCCCAAAAUGCAGUAACUACACAACUGAACUCGCUGGUGAAAGUAUCCUAAAAGGCAGCUACUACACUUUAAACAUCAACUUGAUUAGUCCAAAGAAAGGUGUGAGAAGCACCCUGCAAGAUCAGAUACAAAACUGAUUCUGGGGUGUUGGUCCCGACUUUAUGCCCAACUUGACAGACUGUUUGUACUAAGCAUUAUCACUUGCAUUGCAGUGCUUUUGCUUCUGAAAGUAACUUCAUCUUGGGACAUGUUUUUUUAUUUGCAUAAUACAAAUAAAGAGUAAUUCUUCAUGAAAA